AUGGACAUUUCAGAACUUCAUGGAGUUACACAGCCAGGGCAUAUAAUGCUUGGAGUUGUGCUUCCUCUUCAUCUUGCCACAAAUUAUCACCCUACGUCUUUCACUGAGAGACCACCCAGGACAACCUGCUCAAUGUUCCACUUUGAAAGCUAUCAACAACUUCAGGCAAUGAUGUUUGCCGUGGAGGAAAUCAACAAAGACCCAAAUAUUCUGCCCAAUGUUACACUUGGCUUCCAAGCUUACGAUUCGUGUGAUGUUCUCCAUUUGGACUUAGGGAGCUCAUUGCAAGUAUUAACAGGAAUCAACUCCGCCAUCCCCAACUACCGAUGUACUUUAGAGGUCCCCUUCACUGCAGUCAUUGGGCCAGCAGUCUCCACCCAUUCAAUUCUCAUUGCACAUAUUUUGGGGCUCUACAGAUAUCCUCAGAUCAGUCAUUACUCAACAAGUCAUCUACUGAGUGACCACAAAAAAUUCCCAUCUUUCUUCAGGACUGUUCCAAGUGAUGCCUUCCAAUCUCUGGGACUAGCCAAACUGGUCUUGCAUUUCGGUUGGACCUGGGUUGGGUUGUUGGCUGUGGAUAAUGAUUAUGGUCAACAAGGGAUUCAGAUGGUCAGACAGGAGAUAAUAAAAGGGGGAGCAUGCGUAGCUUUUGCCGAAAACAUUAUGAUGAAUCAACCAAAUCGCAAUGCUCCUCACAUUGUGAAGGUGAUAAGAGAGUCUACUGUCCAGGUCAUCAUUGUCUUCUCCACAGAUGUAGAACUAAUCCCAAUUCUAGUAGAGAUGCUGAGGCAUAACAUCACAAACAAAACCUUUGUAGCCAGUGAAGCUUGGUCUACCUCUAGCCUUCAUUCCAUUGGUCAAUUUUUUAGGCUUUUAACUGGCACCAUUGGUCUAGCAUUUUACAGUGGAAGUAUUCCAGAACUUAGCAGGUUCUUAAAAGCAGUUCAUCCAAACUCAUCUAUGGAAAGGGAUUGGAUAAAUAUAUUUUGGGAACAAACUUUUUACUGCAAAUUCAUUUGUGACAAGAACUCGACAGAUGCCUUGGACAACUAUUUAAAUGAAUGUACAGGCCAAGAGAAUCUGGAAAAUAUCAAGAACAGCUUUACUGAUGUCUCCAACUUACGGACAACAUACAAUGUGUACACCGCAGUCUAUGUUGUGGCCAAAGCACUGGAGGAUCUGAACAAUUGUAGACUAUCCAAAAGCCCAUUGCCUCAAAAUAAUUGUGUAGACAUUUUUCAACUGAAGCCCUGGCAGCUUCUCUACUAUAUAAAGAAAGCAAGGUUGAAACUAAAUGGUGGCAGAGAGCUUUACUUUGAUCAGAAUGGAGACCCUCCGGCAGUCUAUGACAUUGUGAACUGGCAGAUGAGCCCAGACAGCGGCAUACAACAGGUCAAGGUUGGCAGUUAUGACACCGCAGCAGCCGCUGGUCAAUUCUUUAUCAUAAAUGCAAGUUUGUUAAGGUGGGCAACAGAAGAUAGUCAGGUCCCUUUGUCGGUAUGUAGUCAAAGCUGUCCACAAGGAUUUUGGAAAGCAGUUCGAAGAGGAGAACCUGUGUGCUGCUUUGAGUGUGUUCCUUGUCCUCAUGGAGAGAUCACUAAUAAAACAGAUUCUGUUGACUGUAUCACGUGUCCAUGGGAUCAGCUGCCAAAUCAAGAGAAGUCCAGAUGUUUUCCAAAGUCCAUAGAGUACCUCUCUUAUGAAGAUCCACUUGGAACAUCCUUGACUGCUAUUAGUGUUUUAUCUUCUCUGGCCCCCGAUUUUAUUUUGAUACUUUUUGUUCAAUAUAAAUCCAGCCCAAUUGUUAAAGCCAAUAAUUACUCCCUGAGUUGUCUCCUUUUGGUGUCCUUGUCCUUUGGUUUUCUCAGCUCUUUAGCUUUCAUUGGUUACCCCCAGCCUGAGAAAUGUUUGCUACGUCAGGCUAUAUUUGGCAUGGUCUUUGCUCUAUGCAUCUCCUGCAUUUUAGCCAAAACCGUCAUAGUGGUGCUUGCAUUUAUGGCAACAAAACCAGGCACCAGUUUACGGAAAUGGGCAACACCUCAAGGAUCUUACAUGAUAGUUUUUAUUGGAUUCCUGUUACAGUUUGCCUUGUGCCUCACUUGGUUGCUCCUUGCACCUCCAUUCCCACAAUACAGCACCCAUACCCAGUUUAUAGUCAUCAUAGUUGAAUGUAACGAGGGUUCACCCAUUGCCUUCUGGACCAUGUUGGGUUAUCUCUUUCUUCUGGCCACCAUUAGUUUCAUAGUAGCAUUCUUGGCUCGUAGACUACCUGACAGCUUCAAUGAGACCCAAUUCAUUACCUUCAGCAUGCUGGCUUUCCUCAGUGUCUGGAUUUCAUAUAUCCCAGCCUCUCUCAGUGCUCAGGGCAAAUACACAGUUGCCAUGGAAAUCUUUGCCAUAUUGGCAUCUAGUUGGGCUUUGGUAAUCUGCAUGUUUUUCCCCAAAUGUUUUAUAAUACUGUUCCAACCAAGUUUAAACUCCAAAGUUAAUAUCAUGAAGAAAGACAGAGAUUAA